UAAAAAAACGAAGGCUGCAAAAAUAGAAAAUAGAAUAUUUUUAUGUUAUUAAUACUCAAAAACGAAACCUCUGAAGAUUUGAAAUUAUACGUAUAAGAACUUAAUUAAACUUAAUUUAUUCGAACUUUUUAUCAAGAAUACUGUGGAUAUAUGACAAGUCAAAUUUUGCUUGAUAUUCAUUAUAAAAAAUAUAUAUUUCCGAUUCCACACAUUGAAGAUUUCAAAUUAGCCAAGAAUAUUUAGUUUUGUUUAUGCGAUUAAAGAUCAUUUUAGCAAAUUGUGGAACCAGUGCAUUGAUAAUAUGGAACAAACUGCAAAUAAUAAACAAAACAAGAAUAAAAUUAGGAACAAGCUACUUAUUAAAACAUCUAUGAAUUUGCGUAGACCACCACUUGCACUGCAAAAAAUUGCUGAAGAAAAAUUGAACGAAAAUUGGGCAAAGAUUCCAGACGAGAUUAGGGACCUACGUAUAUGGAAUGCCAAUAAUGAAUUUAUAAGGGCACGAUGUGACGAACAAUUUUUAUUGUGUUUUUUACGUAGCGCUCAACAUAAUAUGGAAUUAGCUGAAACUAAAUUAAAAUCCUUCUACCGUUUACGUGAUAAAUAUCCAGCUUGUCUACGAGCUCCUUCAUUCAAAGAUCCAAAAUUUAAAGAAUUUUUAGAACAGGGUAUUGUACUGUUUUUGCCGAAACCAAUUGCAGAAGAUGGACCGAUGAUCAUUUUGCUACGCCUCUCCUUAUUUUCAGUUGAGAGAAAUACAUUUUCAGAAGUAAUGCAGAAUCUGCACCUAAUGCAGGAAUUGGUCAUGUUGGAGGAGGAUAAUGCGACUAUAAGUGGCAUUAUCUAUCUAAUAGACUGCGAAAAUAUUACUUUAAAAAAUUUAUAUAAUCUUUUAUAUGUGGAUAAGUUAAUAAAUAUCUUUACGGAUGGCCUUCCACUUCCUGUAAAAUCGGUGCAUUUUAUACAUGAACCUCAUCUUCUUGAUGUUGCUAUUAACAUAAUUAAAUUCAUGUUCAAAAAACAAAUACCAAAUUUGCAUUGUCAUGGAUCUAAUUUAGCUGAUUUAUACAAAACUAUUCCACAAAAUAUAUUACCUUUGGAAUAUGGAGGUUCAUAUAGAAAUUUGAACGAUCUAGUUUCUUAUUGCGUACAUAAAAUUUAUUCUCACCAAAAGUAUUUUAUGGAGGACUUUUCAUUUGGAACCACUCUACACUGGCAAAUGUGUUUAAAUGCAUUCAGAAAUGAGACUACGUCAUAUAGAAUACUCGAAUGGCUAAAAAUUUUUAUAUAUUAAAUUAGAUUCAUAUAUUAAAUUAAUCAAUUAAGUCCAA